AUGCUUGUUAAGUCUAAUAAUCUCCUUGAUACGUUCACUGAGCUUCGUGGGAGUAAGCCGCAACUUUUUGCCAGGAAGGAGGCGAUGCUCUACCAUUGCCGAUUGGAAAAGGUGCAUUAUGACGCGUCCAAUUUGAUGGAGAGGAUUCGUGGCGCAGCCAAAAUGCUAUCGAUGGCUUACGACUUGUACGGGCUUCUUGUCCUCGCAGACGAAACGCUAUCAGGUGAACGAGACGAAUUCUACGAGGAUUGUGAAGAAGGUGUGAUUAUUAGCCUCAACUUCACCGCAGACUUCGUUCGCAAGGAAAUCGAAUUUAUCGACGACUUCUGGCGGAAAGUUGGGAGACGAGAUUAG